AGAAAAUCAAUUUUGGGUCCACACUCUACAGUCGCAGUCCGUCAAGUUUCGGACUCUUUUAUGGACGUUCCGUUGUCCUCGACCUUUCCAUGUCUGAAUUCUGAUAUCAUUUACUUGUACUCUGGUCUCUCGUUUCUUUUUCUUCUUUUCUCCCAAUAUUAGAGAUUAGGGAAACGAAAGUAAAAAUAUCAGUACUUAGAACUCGUGUGACAAUAGAAUCGCCCUAGAUGACGAAGCGAAAUAUGGAGGAGGAGGAAGAAAAUGGAGAGGAUUACUGCUUCGCCUGUAAGGAUGGAGGAUCGCUCGUCGUCUGUGACUACAAUGCAUUGUCACCUUGUUUUAUUCAGGCAAUGCUGUAAAGCUUAUCAUCCCGAAUGCGUGGGAAAGGAUGUAACAUUGGAGACUGGAGAACUCUGGACAUGCGAUUGGCAUUUCUGCUUUAUUUGCAAUAAGGAAUCCAAGUUUCAUUGCUUUUGCUGCCCAAUUGCUGUUUGCCAACCCUGCACCAAAGCUGCUGAAUUUGUGAUUGUUAGAGGAAAAAAAGGCUUUUGCAAUGGCUGCUUGAAGCUUGUUCUACUCAUAGAACAAAAUGAGGACGUUGACUCUGAUGGGGGCAAGGUUGAUUUCAAGGACGGAGAAACAUAUGAGUGCCUCUUUAUGGAGUAUUGGAAGAAGGUUAAUGAAAAAGCAUGCUUAAAAUUGGAGACACUCCAUCUGGCUGACGUUCAAUUGAAGAAGGGUAAGCAGUAUUUAAGAGGGUCACAUUUUGGUAGCGUCAAGAAAGGUGAAGAAGAUGGGCUUGUAUCAAGCUCUGAUAGUGAGCAUGUGGAAGGUAAAGUUGGUUACAGCGAAUUCCAAAGCAGGGAGGAACCCAAUGGGUGGCAAUUUACAACAAAGAUGAGGAAAAGAGGGGUCAAGUCACCGAAAAAGAAGUUAAUUGGAUGGGGAUCAAGGUCACUCAUAAAAUUUCUUGCUUCCAUUGGUAUUGGUAUGAGUAAACAGCUUUCUCAGCAUGAAGUGAAUUCAAUCAUCACAACAUACAUCAACAAAAACAACCUAAUGCAUCCUGUAAAAAAGGAGAAGGUUGUGUGUGAUUCUAGGCUACAUUCUUUUUUUGGAAGGAAAUCCAUUAACCGAAAUAAAAUUUUUAGCCUCCUACAACAGCACUUUCCUGAGAAGCAAGAACAGCCAGAGGAAGAUAAAUUCAGAUGCAAUUUGCAAUACAAGGGGGAGGAUGGCUCUAGUCCAUGUAAAAGACAGUGGAUGUCAAGCUCAGACAGAAGAACUCAUAAGAAGAAAAAUUUCCAAGAACAGCCAGAGGAACAUAAGUCCAGUUGCAUUUUGGAAUACAACGGGGAGGAUGGCUCAGGUCCAUGUAAAAGACAGCGGAUGUCAAGCUCAGACAGAACUCAUAAGAAGAAAAAUUUCUUGGAAGUUCCACAGAGCUCUUUUGCAUCUAUAACUCCAAGAAACAUUAACUUGGUUUAUUUGAAAAGGAGUUUGGUUGAGUACCUUUUGAAGACUCAGACAUUUGAAGAGAAAGUUGUGGGUAGUUUUGUAAGGAUCAAAUGUGAGCACAAUGACUGUAUACAGAGAAAUUCACAUCGGCUUCUUCAAGUUACAGGCAUAAAGAAGGCAUUGGGAACAGGUGACAUCUGUGCAGGGAUUAUUCUUCAAGUUUCUGAUAUGAAGAAAGAAAUUUAUGUCCAAAUGCUGUCUGAUGAUAAUUUCACUGAGGGAGAAUGUGAUGAUUUGCAUCAGAGAGUGAGAGAUGGUUUGAUAAAAAAGCCUACUGUGGUGGAGUUUGAGCAGAAAGCCCGAAUUUUACACGAGGAUAUAACAAAUCAUUGGAUUGACAAAGAGCUUGUGCUGUUACAAAACCUCAUUGAUCGAGCAAAUGAGAAGGGAUUGCGCAGAGACCUCUGUGAAUACCUAGAAAGAAGGCAGGUACUUCAGACAACAUCAGAACGGUUGCGUCUGUUACAAGCAAUCCCCACAAUAAUUGCAGAAGUAGUUGUGCUGGAAGCAUCUCCUGAGGAUUCUUCAUUAUAUAGAAAAGAGAAAAAAGAUGACUUGCCAAGACCGACGAUCCUUAUAGGGGAUCUAGAAAAUCUUAAUGAUGAUUUAGUUGUACAUAUGAAAACGUCAACUCAGAAGGAAGGGGGAAUAGAUUUUUCAGGAGAUGGAGCUGUGUAUAAUCAAAAUCCUGAAAAGAGAGUUGUUGAAGAGGAGGCUGACUUUAUACCAUUUUUAGUUCGGCAUCAAGAGGAAAGCAAAGACAAGGGGACAGCAGUGACUUUGGGUUUGGGAAGAGAAUCAAAGAGCUCCAUUUGUAGAUUCACCCAAGGCUCUAAAGUGAUGAGUACAAACAUUGGCAGUGGAGAUGCUCUUUCACCGAAUCAUUCUUCUUCUUCCUCUUUGGAUGAGGACAUGGGUUUGACAAAGAUAGAGCAUCCUUCCAAGCAGAGAUCCUUCUCACAUUUGGACCCUCUGGAGGCAGAGGAGGUCCAUCUUGAUGUGAUGCCCAAGUACUCUCAGUUGUGCCAAAGGACCAUCUUAACAGAGCUUAGGAAGCAUGGGUCAUUUGCCGAGGUUAAGGAGUGGUGGGGGGAACUCCCUUCCAAGGUCCGCCUGAAGAUUACACAGGCCGGAUUUGGCCAAUUCCUUAGCUUAGAAGUGCGUAAAAUUGAUGGAUAUCUCAUUCAGGCUCUGGUAGAGAGGUGGCAGCCCUCUACUCACACUUUCCACCUCCCAGUUGGAGAGGCCACUGUCACGCCUCUUUGUUUGUCAAUGCUUACAGGUCUAAAGUUCGGUGGAGAGCCUGUCAUUGAGGGGAAUGGGUUCUGGGAAAGAGCAGGCACCAGUGUUAGUAAAUUGCUUGGCAGAAAUCCACCGCAUGAUGGUGGAAGAGUUCCAGUUGCCUGGUUUCGUAAGCACUAUAGCCAUAUUGAGAUAUCAGAUGAUUCACCAGAUGAGAAGCUGGAUUUUUUGACUCGGGCUUUUAUGAUGUUCUUAUUUGGUAAUACCUUUAGCAAUAACAACGGUCAUGUUUCUCUAGAUUUCCUCGCCUAUUUGACUGAUAUAUCCUCUAUUGGGAAGUAUGACUGGGGUGGCGCAUUGCUGACACAUUUAUAUCAGAACAUGGAUGCAUUGGCCAACAGACACUGCCAUUCCUUCUUAGGUGCCAGUUUUGUCUGGGAGGCAUGGUUCUAUGAGUUGUUUGGUAUAUGUGCCCCUCCUCUUCAUGUUGAUGAAGCACUCAUCUUUCCCGUUGCCUCUAGGUGGGGGAAUAGCUAUUCUGGCAUGAAGAAGAUGAUUCAUUCUGUUGACUUUAUCCACCAGCUCAUCAAUGCGCUCACUCCUCAACAGGUCAAGUGGCAACCUUGGCGCCGGUACCCUGAGCAUAGCCUGGACAAAUUUUCUCGAGCUAGAAACAUGACAUGCAGGAGAUGCAUCUUUUCGGGUCCAGGGGGUCCAGUUUGGUACUUGGGAGAGAGGGUCUUCCACCAACACCUUGGUUCCACUAGCUUUGUGGUUCCAAAGGAUCCUCCUUCCUUUAUGAUGAACCCAAAAAGGAUGCAGGAUGCAGACCUUGCUGCUGCCAGACAUGGGCUUAGUAUAGACGGCUUCCUUGACCCAGAGUCGGAUUAUACUGAGUAUAUCAAGACUAAGUUGGUGUGCAAACCAUUCAGAAUAUCGUCCAAAAUGGAUGGUCAGCCGUCAACUACCACCACUACCUCAGCUUGCAUGGAGAUGAGUAACCGUGCACCCUCUCAGCAUAAUGUGGCAACUGGAGUUCCUCUGACGUUCCCUCCUGACAGUGAUGUCUUCAUUCCGGGAUAUCCAGGUUGGACUGUGCCCAUCUAUGAGACUGGUUCUGAGGUUGAGAUCCCAAGGCCACCAUCAGUACCUGGAAUCCCUUUGCCUAAAGACAUUGAGUGGUUUCCUCGUUACAGAGUGGAGGAUUUGAUGUGCAUGAUAGCAGGCUUGAAGGACAUGGUGCGCAGUUACUCUCACGAUGUACUUGAGAUGAGGAACACUAUAGACAAGUUGAGGACCCCCCAAGGUAGCAAUCAAGGAGGGGAUGCUGAAGAGGCAGCCAGUUUAAUUGAAGAGGAAGAGGGUACCAGCAAUAAUGGUGAUGGAGACAAGGACACGGGCGUGUAAUGUCUAAUUUUAUGAUAAUGUCUUUAUUUAGUCUGAGCUAUUUACCAGAAAAAAAAAAAUUAUUUGGUCUGAGCUUUGAACAAGCUGUACAGAAUGGUUAAUUUCCAAAGAAAGUUCACUCUUGGAAGGGUAGAAAUGUCCAUUUUGAUUGAUUAUGUAAUGGAGUUGCAAAACAUAAUACAGAUGUUUUGUAUCCAUCAUCAGUGACCAUAUUGAUUUGGAUGA